GAAGUUAAAAAUAGAUUUACAAAACAAUACAGAGAAUUAAGUAGACAAAAGCUUGUUUCUUUAAAAUGUUAUUAAGAUGGCUAAUCCUUAGCUAUCAUAACCAAAGUCAGAGAAAGAAGACCUAUGUUAAUAGAGAAAAGGGAGUUUUACAACAGAAGAUCAUAAAGGAAUGUUUUUCCUUUUUAAGAUUUAUUAUUUGUAUCUGUCUUCAGACACACCAGAAGAGGGCAUCAGAGCUCAUUACAGAUGGUUGUGAACCACCAUGUGGUUGCUGAGAUUUGAACUCAGGACCUCUGGAAGAGCAGUCAGUGCUCUUAACCGCUGAGCCAUCUCUCCAACCUGGGGAUAUCUUAAAUACUUAUAUUCCAACAAACUAGAGAGUCUAGAAGAAAUGGAUACAUUUCUAAAGUGUAAUUUACUGAAAUCAAGGCAGAAGAAUUAAACAACUUCAAAAGAUCCAUAGCCAGAAAGGUGGUUGGAUGAAGACACUAAUCGCAAGGCUCCCCGCCCGGCCUGGAAAGCUGACUGAGCAGUUAAAAGUGCUUUGUCCUUUUCUCAGGUCCCAGUGUUCAUACUGGGUGGCUCACAAGCACUCCAUGAAGGCUGAGAUCUGACACUCUCUUCUGGCUCCCUGGGGCCCCCAUAUUCACCCAUGGUGGUGUGCCAUACACAUAAAUAAUAAUAAAAAUGAAGAAAGGGAAAGAGCACUACCAGAGCAUAAUUCUGAUAUCCAAACUUGAUGAUUACACACAAACCAGUCUCUCUGAUGAACAUAGAUACAAAAUCUCCCAAAUUACUUAUGAAUUAAAAUUUAAGGUCGUGAUUAUAAUCACACACCAGAUUUAGUGGCAGACACAGGCACAUCUCAUGAGUACCAGGAUUAUCUAAUGAAAGCCUGUCUCAAACAAACAAACAAACAAACAAACCAAACAUACACCACAAGCAAGUGAUCUCACCCCAGGGAAUUCAAGCUUGGUUCAAUAAAUGCAAAUUAAAAAAAAAAAACACCACAGUUCAACAUAAAACACCAAAUUAAAAGAUUUAAAAACAGGCCCUUUGGACCACUCAAGGCAGCAAGGAGCAUCCCAGCCAUGGCUGAGCUGGGAACCUUUGAGGCAAUGAAAAGCAGCAACUGCCAAAGCAGCUGGAUGAUCUGCAGGUGCAGCUGUCGCAGAUGCUGGUCACUAUAGCAACAGGCAGCUCCACAUUCAAACUCACCGAGACCUGAGUUAUUCCCAAACCUAUCAUCAUGACCAUCAUGAACCAGACUCAAACCAAGUCUUAGGAAACACUACAAGGAAUGAGCAUAAGCUGCUGGACUUGUAGCCAAGGCAGACAGGAACCACUCUCUCCUGCCUAACCAAGCACAGAGAUGCUGAACGCAGUGCCUGCACACACAGCCAAGGCCUGCAGUCUCCACAACCGCAGGUACAAAACUGACCAGCCAUCCCAGUGGAUGCAGAAGAGGAGCGUGACCGUCUCAGCAUGCAUUGGGCUGGCUAGUUUCGUGUCAGCUUGACAUCAGAUAGAUUCAUUUUGAAAGAGAGAACUUCAUUUGGUUAUUUCUUUCCUCUCCCUCUUUCUAGGCCUUAACUAAGGCCCCUUUCUCAAUCACAAAACUCAAAAGAGAAUGCACGCGUGGAAGUCAGAGGACAGUUUGUGGGACUGCAUUCUAUCCUACUUCGAGUUGGAGGUGGGGCUUUGAGGUCUUAUAUAUAUAUAUAAUGUUAUAUAUAUAUACACAUGUAUAUAUACAUAUGUAUAUAUACAUAUACAUAUAUAUAUUUGUCCCUGCCUUCCUAGGACUGAGAUUAAAAGUAUUCCUCAGGCAGGAGAAAUGGCUCAGUGGUUAAGAGCACUGACUGUACUUCCAGAAGUCCUGAGUUCAAUUCCCAGCAACCACAUGGUGGCUCACAACCAUCUGUAAUGAGAUCUGAUGCCCUCUUCUGGUGUGUCUGAAGACAACUUAGAGUAUACUCAUAUACUCUUUUAAAAAAAUCUUUAAAAAAGAAAAAAGCAUUCCUCACCAUACCCAACUGUUUUCACAAUUUUUAAAAAGGUUUAUUUUGUUACAUACAUGUGUAUGAAUGUUUUGCCUGCAUGUGGUUAUGUGUACCACAUGCUCAUUAAGGUCAGAAUGGUGGUGUCUCUAGGACUGGAGUUAGAGAUGGUUAUGAAUGCUGGGAUUUGAACUCGGGUUCUCUGUAACAGCAACUAGUGCUGUUAACCAUGGAGUCAUCUCUCCAGCCCCACUUUUAGGAUUCUUAAGUUUUUCAUUUUUGUUUUUGUUUUGAGACAGGGUGUCAGUCUGCAGCUCAGAUUGACACAGAACACAAUAUAUAAACCAGGCUGGCUAGAGAUCUGCCUGCUUUUGCCUCUGAAGUGCUAGCAUUAAAGGUGUAUCCCACUACCCCAAGCCCCCAGACUCUCCGACUGAUGAAUACUGAAGAGGAAGUGUGCUUUUCAAUAUCUACUCUCAUUUGUGUAUGUACACUAUCUAUUUAUGCACAUAUAUGUUCAUAUAUGUAAUGGUGUCAGUAUUUAAAAUCUCCCUUACUAGUCAGUAAGUUCUUUCCAUAUUCUAAAAACAUAAAGCCAGGCUUGUAUAUAAAAAUCCAUGAAAUACAUACAUUUUGGUUAUUUUGAAAUGUUGUAAAACUGGGGCUGGGACAUAGCACAGUGGUAGAGUUCUUGGGUAAGUAUGCACAGCGCUCUGAAUUGGAAGACCAUCCCUGAAAACAAACAGCCAGUGAGGUGUAAAGAAAGCAGACACAAUGGUUCAGCAUGCCAGCAAAAGCAUUCGGAGUAAACUGCACAAGUGGGGCCACAUUUCUUUACAAACCUCUGCUUAACACUCUGUUGGUGGCAUAAACUUAGGAAAGCAGGGCCUAACAGUGAGGCAGUCUAAAGUCCCAUGCAGUAGCCAACUUUAUUUAGAGCAUCGGACAAUUUAUACUUUGAGGGUUAAGAAGCAUCAUAUAAGUAAGGAGUCCAAUCACAAGGCCAAGCUGCACAUGGUAAAAACAUGUUUUCCAUGGAGGUGCAUGAGUAACAACAGCUGAAGUAAACGCAUUCCUCUGUGCUCCACCUAGGGGAGGAGCACGAAAACACAUUCCCAGAACAAUUCUGAAUUCUGUAGAAUCUGUAGAAGCUGAGGUCACAAGACUGUCUUCUUGUUUUCUUGGAGUUUUCUCACAAGCACUCAGCAUUCUCACAGGGUUCCAUUCUUGAUCUGUGUUCAGAGAAAUCUCCAUUAGGACAUUCCUUGUUUUCUUUUUCAAAAAAUCAUUGUUGAAUAUAGUGGGAAAGGACAACAGGCUGGACCACAGGAAUAUAUAGCACUGCCGACGAUCCACGCGUUCCCUUUUUGAGAAAAAGAACUGAAGCUACAGUAGCUUUGACACUAGACAUGAGGAGGAGUAAAGUGCUCAUAGAAACCUUGAGGACCAGUUUCAGGAUGCAGAUGUAUGUGCUGCUGGAGUAACUGCCACUGAACUGCCUUAGCAGAUACAUGAGCCAAAACACAGUACAUCUGAAGACCUAAUGAUACCAUUCUGUUUCUUUGCGUUAACAUUGAAAAUCCAUACAUUUUCUACUGCUCACUUAUUAAUUUGCAAACAUUUGUCAAGUGCCAACAAUGUACCAGAUACUCUUCUUCGUCUUUCUUUUUCCAAUGUUUUUCAUUUUUAUGGCACGUGUAAGGGUGGUUUUGCUUGUGAAUGUUUGCGCACUACAUGCAUGCUAUGCCCAAGAGACCAGAAUCCCAUCUCCCCACCCUAGAGUUAUGCUGGUUGUGAGCUGCACGUGGGUGCUCGGAACUGAGCCCAGGUCCUUUACAGGAGCAACAAGUGCUCUUAACUGCUGAACCAUCUCUUCAGCUUCCCACUCUCCAGAGGCUGUUCUUAUCUGCAAGGCCUUAGGUUUAAUCUCUAUAGCCUUAAAGAAAAAAAAUCAUUGCUUGCCCUGUGAAUGGGUACACAAAAUAGAGGAGGAAUCCAGGAAACCACAGGUCAAAAAAUACUAAAUAAAUGCUAAGGGAAAUCACGCCAAGGAAGGGGGUCUGAAAUAUGAAGAGGAACUUUAAGUAGUGUGGCUUCCAGAAGAGCGACAUUUGCAUCAAGACCUGAAUGAAGUGAGGAAGGCAUUCUGUAGAUAAGGAGCAUUCCAAGUGGGAAGAAUCACAAAUGACAAUGGCCAUGUGGUAGAACAGUAUGUAGUGCGUCUCUAGGACAGUGAGAGCAUAGUAGGAGAUGACAUCAAAGAGGUGAGCAGAGCCAAGUCAUAAAGAACGUCAUGAGUAGUUCAUGAGCAGAGUGGCAUGAUCUCUGUCAGCAGGCUCCCUCUGCCACUGGGGUUUGAAAACAGAGUCAUGGUGAGACUACAAGGGUCAUCCAGGACUCAGCUUCGGAACCUGAGGGUUGAGAUGCCGGAUGGGGCCAUGUAACUGAACGUGCGGUUUGGGAAAAAUUUUGUCAACAAUAAAACAUUCCAGGACAAAAGAUUGGUUCCACAUCAAAUGUACUGAGUCUGGAGCACCUCUGGUAGUGCUGAUCAGCACUGCAGCAAGUGAUGUCACCACAGCGCUGGCUCUGAGCACAAAUGUAUUUUAGAUUGUGUGUGGUGUCGCCCAUCAACACCAGUGAAUGCCACCUGAAACACCCCAGUGUGAAUUCUACACGGUUUGAUGUUAAGAGCAGCAGUGCUUAUAUGAGGUUUUCUGCUCUUACGGAACAUAACGUGAUGGAUUAAUUAUGGAAACAAGGGCUUUUAAUAUUUUUCCACCACCUUUCCUCAGCAUGGUGUCAAUCGCAGGAGCGCCUCCAGCGGCGAGCACGUUUGGUGGCGCAGAGUUCGGGAAGAAGGCAGGAUCGUCUCCUAGCAACGGGGUUGCAGCGACGUCACCGUGGCGGGUUCUUAGCGCUGAGGCCAGGUGGAACCACCCUCUGGAACAGACGUGGUCCUCCACCUUGCGCUGCCGGUCCUGCCCUAUCUGGUCCCGAGCUACCUUACGGGAGUUUUCGUCCGUGCGGCCCGCCGGCCUGGGCUUUGGCCCUGGCGGGACGAUGCUGGAGUCUAUUCGCGUAACGGAAAAGCUUCACUGGCCUGAGCAUGAACUUGCUAAGAAGUUUGUUCUAAGUGCAGAAGAGGCAUUGACCAUUGACAGCAAGAGAAGCUUUUCCAAUCUGUCCUCUGGAGUUCUCAAGGACACUUUCACAACUGGAACCAGUAGUUACAAUGUUCUACUUCAGAGCAAGGAGGAGAGAAAGCACCAUUCACAAAAGCGGUUUUCCUCUGCCCACUCCAAACAACAUAGAAAGCCCAGCAAAUCUCCUAGUUCCUCUCAUAGCAAAGAUCCUAGCAGGACGCCAGCCCUGGUGCCUGUGACAAGCACCGGUACUUGGUACUGCCUAGACAGGCAGUCUGCUGUUCUUGUCACUAGUUCAGUACCAAGUCCUGUAAAGUUUACCCGUGAUAUCUCUGUUACAGGAAGCGGCCUCGCACUGCCACCCAAACCGAAAAACAAGGUCAAACGGCGCAACCUGACCCCUCUUCCAAAGCCAAAGCAGCAGCCUCAGCUGUGCAGAAGCUUUGAGAAAGGAGAUGACUUUUCUGGGAAAAAGCUCUGUAUAUUGACCGCUAUAAAGCCCAUCAACCUGGAGAAGGAAAAGCUGAGGUUCUUCAAGUCUGACUACACUUACAACCCUCAGUUUGAGUACGCCAAUCCUUCUCUGCCAGGCGUGUUAGCCAAGCACAGCCACGCCUCUGACCGCUUCCUUAAGCAGUCCAUCAAUAUUAUGGAGCUGACUUUACAGAAAUAUGGAAGUUAUGAAAAAUUUGAACAAGCUACUGGUGGUAGCUUGUUGUCUAAAACCCGUAUCUGGAGUCAUGUUAGGAAGUACAUGAUGAAGGAAGGCUGCCUGGGAGAGAUUGUAGUUCAUCUCACUGAAGACCUGCUUUCCAGGGCAUCCAUGACAGUGGUAAACGGAUGUCCGACUCUAACGAUCAAUAUUUCUACUGCACGAGAGCACUGGCUGGAGGGCAUGCUGAGGCAUGAGAUAGGCACACAUUACUUUCGGGGUAUUAACAACCUUCAGCAACCCUGGAACAGUUGGAUUGGCCGCAAAAAACACGAGCUAAAGCCAAACAACCCUACGGAGGAAGGACUGGCAAGCAUUCACAGUGUCCUGUUCAGAAAAGACCCCUUUCUGUGGAGGGCCGCCCUCCUGUACUACACAGUCUAUCAAGCCAGCCAGAUGUCUUUCUGUGAACUCUUCAAAGAUAUUGGCAGGUUUGUCAAGGACCCAAAUACAAGAUGGGACUAUUGUGUAAGAGCCAAGAGGGGAUGGACUGACACGUCCCAGCCAGGGUGUUUCAGUAAAGACCAGGUGUACUUGGAUGGAAUCCUUCAAAUCCUUCGAUUCAGAGAGUCCAUAGACUUUCACCUGCUGACUGCCCUGGGCAAGGUAUCUUACGAAGAUGUGGAUCGCUUAAAAGAAUUGGCAGUUACUGAGAACAUGCGAGUCCCACAUUUCCUUCAUGAUCACAGCCGGUACAUGGAGCACUUGGAGAAGAUCAUGGAGGUGAACGAGCUGACAGAUGCUGAGCUGAAACACCUCAUCUAAGCAGCAGAGCCCGCUCCUCGCGGCUGUUAGCAGCUAGGGCACCGGGUACCUGCAGAACGAGAGGAGGAGAGCCGCUGACCUCUGCUUGCUGAAGACCAGCUCUCAGGAUCCAGCUGAAAUUCUAGGUUAUGUUAGACCUGAAACUAUUUUCCUAAAACACUUCUGUAGGCUGCGGGUGGAAAUCAUGUCUCUUUUCAUUGCGAUCUCUCCAGAGACAAAUGAGGAUUCUGCUGCGAUGACUCCAGGAUGAGUUGUAGACCUGCGCACCAAGGCCAGCUCUGGACUGGAGGUAGCCAAAUCCCGCUCUGCUGUGUAAAUGCCAAGGUUCUAUUUCCUCUGCUAAACAGUGGGAGUUGUUGUUCUUUGAAAUACCCAUUUUGUAACACCCCAGAAGGCUAGCAAUAUCUAAGAGUUCUUAUUUUUCUUAUUUUAAGUGAUAUUAAAAGGAGAUUGAAAA